AUGCAUGCCUGCACUGCCACAAUUCCAACGACGAUUGGCCUCGUCAAAGCCAAGAAGAAAAGCAACACUUAUUCCGGCAAGAAACACAACAAUCUCAGUCUCAUUUCUCCUCAGUCCGUGUCGGAUACCAGCCUUAUCCUUCGUACCGAUAUUACUCCAACCAUGCACCGGGUCAAGGACUCAGCACCGUCUUGUUCCGCCAUCUACAACAUGACACCAUUGGUCAAUCACAACGGACACCAUGACGACAAACCAAUACCCAACAACUUCGGCAACGUCCCUUUGGCCCACAACAAGAAGAGCCGCAAAUCACGGCGCUGUUCCUCUUUGGAGCAAUGA